AUGUUCAAUUCCCAGAUGGACUGGCUGAACCGGGUGGGCUACCUGACGCCUGCCGGCGACGCAGACUUGAUCGUCAACUAUACCGGCCGUCAGGACCUGUUCAACACUCGUCCGUCGUAUCAUAUCGGACGCGGUACCGACGUGCAAAUCAAGGUUCAUCCCUCGAGACUAACAGCCAGCAUGUUGCAUGCGAUUCUUCGUUGGGAUGCUGAAUCCAACGUAUUCACUCUUGAAGACUGUCUCUCGAGCAAUGGCACAUACGUCAAUGGUUUCAGACUCAAUACUCAUGAGCGACUCGUUCUGCGCAACGGUGAUCAUAUCUCUCUGGGACCGCCCUGUGUCAAAGUUUGUGGGUUCAUCUAUCACGGGCUUCUCGACCUCGACGAUUUCGUUCAGGACUACGCUGUGCAACGUAGUCUCGGUAUAGGAGGGCACGGGCAAGUGUAUGAGAUGAGGCUUCGUGUCUGUCCAAGUCAGGUCUUCGCCGUUAAGGUGAUGACUUACGAUGCCGAUGAUCAUGGACGAAGGUCUCAAGCCAGUGCUCUUGAAGAAGUCCGCGCCCUGCGGUUGGUCGGCAAUCACCCCAACAUCUGUCCCCUCGUUGCCGACUACGUACUUCCGGAACAGAGAGUCAUUUGUAUGGUUAUGCCUUCCUAUACGGUGGAUCUCCGUAAGCGUUUCGCCUCCUGUCGCCCAACCGUGCUCGAGGGCCGCUCUAUCCUGUCGCAGCUGCUUUCAGCCCUCGAACAUCUUCGCCGCGUCAAUCUGGUCCACCAAGACAUAAAACCCCCUAAUAUUCUUGUCGAAGGGGAUCAGGUCAUCUUGGCGGACUUUGGGAUAAGCGCGUUAGCGGAUGUCGCGAUCAAACGACCCGCGCGUGGUACCCCGACGUACGCUGCACCCGAGACCAUGGGACCGAAACGCUUCACAGAUGCCUUCAAAAUCGACGUUUACAGUGUCGGGUUGACGGUUAUACACUUGUUCAUGGACGUUCUUGCCCAAUUGUGGAGCGCUCCGCACCCUGGAUAUCGUAGUCUGGAGAAAGAACGAAACUGGUUUCACAGUCGGCGUCUCAACCUGGUCCCGAUUGCAGGUGUACAUCUUCCCGAAGAAGCCACGGCAGUCUUGUUUGGCCUCAUCGAUGUGGAUCCUGAAAAGCGUUGGAGCGCUAGUCGUGCGCUCGAAUCACCCUGGCUUACGCUCCCCACGAACCUCUGA